AUGGUUUCGGAACAGGUGACAGACGCUCUGCUCGCGCUUGAAGACGCCCAGGCGAGCAAGAAGGCUCAAGGUUACAAUGAGCUGCUCGACAAGAUACUUGCUUCUUCCUCUGCUUCCGAUGACCUUCCCGCCAACUUGAUCGCCUAUGUGCAGUCCAUCCUGGGCGACUCUGUCGGCAUCGUCACAUCACGCCCUCUUCUCGCAUCAUUUGUCGGCAAGCUCGCCUCUCUGCCCGAUGCCGAUAUCAAGAUCCAAGUCGGCACCAACGCCAUCGACGCUCUCGCUCCCAAAGUCGUCUCCUACGAAGACCAAGACAGCCAGAUAAAGCUCAUGCUAGCCGACAGCUAUGAACAGAACGAAGACUUCACUUCCUCCGCAAAGGUCCUACAGCAAAUCACUCUGGACAGCUCGCAACGCCACGUCUCUGACGACGACAAGGCCAAAAUCUGGACCCGCAUCACUCGCUGCUACCUCGAAGAAGAUGACCCGACAAACGCCCUCUCCUACCUCAACCGUGUCAAGAACGUUAUUUACAACGUCCAAGACCAAACCACGAAACUGCAGUUCCAACUCUCCCAAGCACGCAUCUCAGAUUCCCAGCGCAAUUUCCUCGACGCCUCAAACAGCUACUUGAACCUCUCUCUCGAGCCCGUCAUCGACGAAGAAGAACGCCUCCAGGCCCUGUCCGCCGCAAUCAUCUGUGUCGUUCUCGCGCCCGCCGGUCCCAAGCGCGCACGUCAACUCGCCCGCCUCUACAAAGACGAUCGCACACCACAAGUCAAUGAAUUCGCCAUCCUUGAGAAAAUCUUCCUCGAUCGUGUUCUAUCACCAGAAGAGGUCAAGGCAUUUGCCGAGAAGCUACAACCACAUCAAAUGGCAAAGACGGCCGACGGCAGCACCGUGCUCGACAAGGCCGUCCUGGAACACAACUUGCUUGGUGUCUCGCGACUCUACUCCAACAUUCACAUCGACAACCUGGGCCCCAUGUUGGGCGUCGACUCCGAUCGUGCAGAAGCCUAUGCCGCGCAGAUGAUAGAGCAAGGACGUCUUUCAGGCUACAUUGAUCAAAUCGACGGCUUGAUCCAUUUCAGCAAUGACAGCGGCGCCGAUGGUGCAAAGGGCGGUGCUGCUAACCUCGGCACUCGCGAAUUGCGCAUGUGGGAUGCUAAUGUCCAGGCCCUGUGUGAGGAGGUCGAACGUGUUGCUACCAUGAUCCAAACCGCGCAUCCCGACUUCUACGCUCUGCACAUGGGUGCUUGA